AUGGACUCCACCUCAUCAAGUCGCCGAGCGACAGCGGACAACGACGAACGGAACCCAGAAAGCUCGCGAUACUUCGUCGCUGGACCGUCCGUGGACUUUACAAGACCCACGUCGUCCAGCAGCUACGACUCGUUUCGAGCCAAUGAGAAGGAGCUCCUGCCGCGCCUGGAAGCGACUCUGAACGGGCGACGUCGAGCGGUGACGAAGGAGUCUCCGGUACUGACGCGCUGCUACUCGGACGGGAAAAUACGUGCCACGCUCACAGCAAUGCGUGAUGCUGCUUCUAUUGUUGAAAAAGGUGAUGAUGCUUUUGUGACUAGCUCAAUCGCCUUUGACGAGUUGCUGACGGCAAGAGACGACGACGUCUCUGUGUCUCGAGUCUGUCCGACGUGGAUGCUGCACGUUGAAGGAGAUCCGACAUCGCCCCCGCCAUUUGUUACAACGAGCAGCGACAACAAGACGACGUCUCUACGACAGUCAGCAGACAACUGUGUGAUGGUUCGGCCAACGACGCUGAACAAGCGAAUUUGCAGCCAUCAAGGGAAUUUUGUACAGAGCAAGACAAGUGCGACCGUCUCAUCGUGUAGCUGGACGCCUUCUCUUACCCAAGCGAGAAAGCGCUCUUUAGGGGUAUCGGACACAACCCACUUUGGUAGUACGUGUCCGGCCGACAAGCGAGCGUCGGUACCUGUCAAAAUGAAUUUGGAGAGCCUGAGCAAUGCUGUUGCCGAGACACUACGCUCGUCACCGCCGUCUUUAUCGACUCCAGUGAUUGACGAGCUUUUGCCCCGAGGAAUCGCAAGCGUCCCGAAGAGAACCUGCCCUUUUCAGCAACGCCGCAGUCGGAAUCCAGGCAACUUGUCGCUGGACUUAUCGCAGAUGGACCAGACAGCUUCUGGCCGCCGCACUUUUACGACCAUGGCCUUGCAACGGCUACAAGACCAAGUCACUCUGUGCUCGAAAGUCACGGACUUUCUCUACAUCGGUGGUGCAGUUGCGGCCAAGAACAAGCCGCUCUUGCUCCAGAACGGCAUCACUCAUGUUAUUAACUGUGCAGCCGGCGUCGCUCCAGCUUCGUUUCCAGAAGACUUCAGCUACUACAGCAUCAAGCUUCGCGACCACUCGUCGCAGGACAUUGCUCGGCACUUUUACAGCAUGUUCGACUUCAUCGAGCGUGCUCGCGAGGGCGGAGGACGGAUUUUCUUGCACUGUGUCAAGGGCAUCUCGCGCUCGCCGACGAUGGCGAUUGCGUACUUGAUGUGGCACAAGAGCAUUGGCAUGUACAAGGCGCUGGACUUUGUUCGACAAGCGCGUUCGGUUGUGGACCCCAAUGCGGGGUUCAUCUUUCAGCUGACCGAGUGGGAACAGCAGCAUCCGGACGGGAGACUUCGCUUUGAGCGCACAAUAGUCUUUCGACUGGAUGUGAUGUACGCUAUAAACUCGGACAAGAAGAACAAGUGCAGUGGCCAAAAACGAGUGGAGAACAAUCCGCUCUUUGUGCCGCUAUUGGGGGUCGACGAAAGGCAUUUCCGCGACCCGACGAAGGAUGUCAGAGAGCAGUGUCUGAUUGUGGCAAGUUGUGAUGAUAUGUUUAUCUGGUGCGGUACGGACGUGAGUGGAGAUCACGUGGAGGUUGCAGAGAGCGGUGCGGCGAUGCUACAACGGUAUGAGGCGUUUCCGAUGAAGUGUGAGAGAGUGCGGCAGGGACAGGAACCUGCGGCUUUCUGGGACCUCGUUAGUGUGGAUGUUCGAUAG